GCCCUGAGCGUGGGACGGUUGAACCCACACUGCUCUUCCUCUCGUUAGGAGAACACCUUCAAACUGCGGGGGCUGCUGCUGCUGCUGACUCUCAUCUCAAACAAUAAUGUAAAAGGACGAGAACCGUUUGUCAGAUGUUUCUCUUACCGUUGCUUCAUCGUAGCUACUUCACUGCCCCUGACUCCACAACCGUCCGCCGCGCAAUUUCCAGUCCAGCCACAGCAAGUUAUCGCAAGGACACCUGGAGUGAGAUGCGGCAAUGUCCCGAGGAACAUGCCCACGCGUAAACUUCUGCGGAUACUUAUGGAUUUUUUCAGCAACUUUAUUUGCGGUGAAUGUGGUCGACGUGUUGGCGUACAGCUGCCAUGAAGUAAGGACUGCGUUUCAACUGGGCCAAAUUGGUCCUCUGAGCCGGGUACCAGAGUCACCUGGCACAGAUGUGGACCUGUUGGUGUGUAAGCACCAGGGGCCGACCUGCUGCACACGCAAGAUGGAGGAGAGCUACCAGUUGGCGGUGAAACGGGACACGCUGCAGAACAUCCGCUCCUACAGCUUCGAGCUCAAGUACCUCCUCACCGGCCACGCCUCCGCCUUCCAAGAUGCGUUCCAGUACCUGCUCUCCUUCUCCCAGGGUCACCUGAGCUCCCUGCUGGUGGCCACCUACCCCCCGCUGGCCGACGACGCCCUGCCGCACGUCAACCGACUCUUCUCCACGCUGUCGGACCACCUGCGCGGCGCCAACGUCUCCGUGGAGACCGCCGUGCACCGCUUCUUCAAUGGCCUCUUCCCGCUCGUCUACACGCAGCUGGUCAACCCGGGCAUGGCGCCUGACACCGGCUCGCCAACGUCGUCUUCGGCGACCAUGACGACGGAGGCGGAGCAGGGCGGCGGCGGCGGUGGCGGCGGUGGCGGCGGCGGCGGCGGCAGCGAGCUGUCCGACUGCCUGCGCAUGACCCGGCAGGACAUCAACCCGUUCGGGCCGCACCCGGCCGCCAUGGCCAAGGAGCUGGCGGAGUCCCUGGGCGCGGGCCGGCACCUGGGCCUGGCGCUGGCGGCGGGGCUGGAGCCCAUCAACGCCACGGACCACCUGCUGCUCAGCAAGGAGUGUGUGCGGGGGCUGGUGCGGAUGGAGUACUGCUCCCACUGCCGGGGCCUGACGCUCAUCAAGCCCUGCCUGGGCUACUGCCUCAACGUGCUGCGGGGCUGCCUGGCGGGCCCGGCGGAGCUGGACGCGCCGUGGCGCCGCUACUCGGCGCUGCUGGAGCAGCUGACCCACGCGGUGGCCGGCCACCACAGCCUGGAGCUGGCGCUGCUGGGGGUGCGCGACCACGUCAACGAGGCCCUGCUGUACGCCCAGCUGCACGGGCUGGUCAUCACCGCCACGGUGGACAAGGUGUGUGGCAAGCCGACCGGGGAGCCAAGCACCAUGCCGCCCAAUUGGUCAGAGGUCACGACCUCUCGCAUGACAUCACCCCCUCUCUCUCCAACCCCGCCGUCUUCACAAGAGGCUUUGGGGAAACUUGCCCACCUGAGGAGCUCAUUCUACAGUAAACAUAGUCUGAGAGCGACCACUAGAGAAUUCCUGAUGUACCUGCAGCGCUACAAGUCGUUCUUCUCAGUGCUGCCGGAGGUGCUGUGCGAGGGUGACAACGUGGUGGACGACUCCACCUGCUGGAGCGGAGGGGACGUGGUGGAGAGUUAUACGGCCAAGGUGGUCGGAAACGGUCUGCAAGCCCAGCGGCAGAAUCCAGAGGUCAAAGUUCGCAGCCCCGACCCCUACCUGGAGGAGGUGAAGAAGAGGCUGGAGCAGUUUAACCAGGAGACUCAGGAGAGCUUUCCAGAUAUGGACCAGAACUCCUCAUGGGACGAUCUGGGCAGUGGCGAAGUAGAGGAGGGCAGCGGCACGGACUGCGACGACGAAGAUGGAUGCCAGGCCUCGGGAGACGGCAAAGACAUGACCUCCCACCCGGAGGUGUCCAGCACCGGGAGGCCCACCGUGAGGCAGCCUGCGGCUGCGGGGGUGCCCAAGGGGAGACCCCAGAAGCCCCCUGUGGUGCGGGUCAGAGCGGGGGCCUCCGCGCCUUCCAGCUCGGGUGGACCGUGGAGCCUCGCCCUGCUCCUCCUCCUCACUAUACUGGGACUGCAGUGGAACUUCUUCUGAUCUCACACACACGCACGCACAGACACACACAUAAACACACGCGCGCAGACACGCAGACAUACACGCACACACACACACUCAUGCAUCAUAGCUGCGUGCCAUUAACCAGUAGGGAUGGGAGGAUUGGCGUGGGAUUGGAGGAGUGAAGAUGGAUGGGACUUUAUGUGCAGCAAAGAAGGAUAACAAUGACUUAGCCUUAGCCUGUGGGCAGGGGCUAGUAUCCCUGCAUCAUCAAGUGUGCGUGUUUGCACAAGUUACUCCCACGCGCACUCAUUUACACAGAUUGUUUCCUGGCCUGCUGCUUUCUCUGGGCUGCUGCGUGUGUUCUGCCAACCGCGCCUGCCUGCGUGCCCGUAUGUGUGUUUGUUUGUGUGUCUGUGUGUGUGUGUGUGUGUGUGUGUGUGUGUGUGUGUGUGUGUGUGUGUGUGUGUGUGUGUGUGUGUGUGUGUUUGUGUGUGUGUGCGGAGACGCACAGCAGUGCCCUUACCGCUUUCUGCUUACAAUAUUCAAACACACAUAAACACGCACAUUUGUGUGCGGUGUGUGAGUGCGUGCGCGCCCCCCCGGAUGCCUCACAGACCAGAACUGCAUCUUUAGAGUUUGCUUCAACACACACAGCCAUGCAGUCCCACACAAAUACAUAGCACAAUAUUAUGUACCGAAACAUCUGUCUUCUUUUUCUUGCGCUUGGUUUUUUAUACGAACCCUUGUUUGGCUCAAAUCUGGCGGUGGCCUGAGUUUGCCUGGCAGACAACGUGAGUCCAACGCAUAGAACUGUCGACUCCCUUCUCCUCUCCCUUCCGAGGAAGCCGGAAUGCAUGAUAGAUUGAUAGUUAAGGUCCAGCUGCCCGGGUUCAGGGAUAGCAGAUUUGAUAUGCUUUGAUUUGAUUGUGGGGCCUCUUCAGGGGGAGCUUACAAUGUAAUUAGUCUAUCACCUUAUGUUAUGUGGAGAAUAAGGGGGCGAGCACGACUGUAGUAGAUUAGGUGUGUAUAGUAUGUUAUUGUAUAUAGGCGAUGAAUGAUUAGUUCCCCAGUCUAACUUAACCCAACAAAAAAGCUCUUUAGCGGUGAAACGGAUGUGUUUCUUCUAUCAGCGUUGAAUGAACUGUUCUUGUCCACUCUAUCAAACACAUUGGGAAAAAAGGAAACUCUUUAAAAGGUCUAUUUUGUAUAACAAACGUGAAACGGCAUAUAAAUGGACAUCAACAACAUUGUUUUCCCGGUUUUCUUUUUUUCACAGUGGAACCGCCUUUGAGUUCAGUCGACUAACCAAUCUGUUGUCCACCCAGUUGCAUGCUGCACAUUAAUGCAUAUCCAUCACUUUUUGAAAUUAUAUUAAAACAGUGGGUAUCUUUCUUUGAAUGAGACAGAACGAAUGAGGACAUUAUGGCGGUAAAACAGCAGCGAGGAGCUGAAGGAUCAUCAGUCUUCACAGGACAACGUGUUGGAUCGUGUCUCCUUUCAGAAGACACAGUGGGGAAAACAAAACACACAUUAGCCCAGCGUUGUCUUUGCACAAAAACUAAUUUCAAAACAAACCAAAUCUAUAUAUCAUAAUACAAACACAAAAAGGCGUCCUUCCUUCCACAAUACAGCGGAUGAUUAAUGACAAUUCUCCUGCAAACAAGAGAAAAGCAAAACAGCCCCAUCGAAUAAUUUUCUCUGUCUCAAACAUUGGUUCUGCAAGCACGCAGUUAGAAAGUAGUGAGACUUCUACAAUGGCUGUAUGUCUUCUCACUCCCUGUGUGUGUGUACAGCAGCAGGCAGCUCUGGCCCAACUGCAACAAGGUGUGGAUGUUAGACUGGAAUAGGAUGAUGAAUGCAGGCCCAGAUUCACCGCAAAAGAAAAGAAGGAAUAAAAAACAAAUGUAAAAACGUACACAGACAGAGAAUGGUCCCUGUGCAACCUAUAAGGGGUUUGAAGAAGG